CGCAAGUUACCACCAGAUCGCUUCUCGGCCUCGCCAGGUACCAAUCUCCCGCGCGUUGCAGAAAGCGGCUGUGACGCGACGGAAGUAAUUCCUUCCUGUGCCCCGGAACCCACGGGGGAAACUACUAAAGUUCCUCUAGGAUCAAAUAGAAUUUUAUAAGAACAUAAUGGAUGGAGAGGAGAAAACCUAUGGUGGCUGUGAAGGCCCUGAUGCUAUGUAUGUGAAAUUAAUAUCUUCUGAUGGUCAUGAAUUUAUUGUAAAAAGAGAACAUGCGUUAACAUCAGGAACAAUAAAGGCCAUGUUGAGUGGUCCAGGUCAGUUUGCUGAGAAUGAAACCAACGAGGUCAAUUUUAGAGAGAUCCCCUCACAUGUGCUAUCGAAAGUGUGCAUGUACUUUACCUACAAGGUCCGCUAUACUAACAGCUCCACUGAAAUUCCUGAAUUCCCAAUUGCACCUGAAAUUGCACUGGAACUGCUGAUGGCCGCAAACUUCCUAGAUUGUUAAAUAAAAUAAAUUAUAAUAAACUGUUAAUUUUUUUCAGUAUUUAA